AUGGACACCACUAUUCUCCCUCCUGGACGACUGCAAGAAGGCCACACCUACCCCCAGUUCCUCUCUCAUGAAGCCAAUCGUUACAUCUUUCGAGUCCAUCGUCAAUACGGCCGGGGGCGGUUGAUACCUGGCAUUGGCUUUGUAGCCAGGGCAUACGAUAAAGACCCGGAAACAGCAGUGAAUGUUCGUCACCACGAAUCAAGAAACGAGUUAUCAGCAGACGCUUCAGCGCAUAUCACACAGUGGAAUGACGGGACCUACUCGUCGCUGCAAUCGCAAUUCAUCUCUGCUUCCUUCAGUCUUGCCUAUGCGUUAUUCGAGGGUCACAGAUGGGAUGACCUCUUCCGCUGUCAGUCAACCCAGAUCAGUGUUAUUGACCCAACCAAGAUUCCUGGCGAUGCUUGGCUGGCGACAGAGCUCAUCGGUGUUGAAGGCAGCCCAGCCAACAGAGCACCCCGUUUUGCUCGCUGGGCCCAGGAAGUCCUGGUUUAUGUAAACAUCCCCGACGAAGCGGUCGUAUUUACCGCCCCAGUCGAAACCUACUACCAUACCCUUCUUCCCGAAUGGUGCGACCCCGUGACUGAUCUCAUCGCGUCGCGUACUCUUAAGUCGACAGAGGCAGUCGUCGAUGCUCUGGGUGACGUUGCGCGGAGUUGUACCGCCGAAAGAGAGCGAAAGCUGGUUGACUAUGUCGUGGAGAAGUGUGUCGAAGCUUUCGAUCAGGGCACAUUCAAUAAACACAAUAACUCGCCACACAACGUUGUGUGGCUAGCCGCGCUAUUCUGCUGGUGGCCGAAACGUAUGAGAAGGGUGCAUCCCAGAGAAUUCGCGGAGCUCAAGGAUCUGGUUCGCAGAAAGGUGGAAAGCCAGUUGAAAAUUGAGGUCACAGUCUUUGCUCAGGCUGCGACACCGGAACCUAUGGAAAAGGUGAUUGUCCCUCCAAAUGCUUAUGGGGAACUGGUGGAAUCAUACGAUGACCAACACGAGUCGUCAUGUAGUGGAAGAUGUGUCGCAAUGUAG